AUGGCGUCCAAAGCUCUUACCAGACCGCUAUUUGGCCGUCCCGGCAACAACCUAUCCAGCGGCAUCGUCGGGCUUGCCAACGUCGGCAAGUCCACGUUUUUCCAGGCCAUCACGAGGAGCAAGCUGGGCAACCCUGCAAAUUACCCGUUCGCGACCAUAAAACCCGAGGAAGCUAUCGUAACCGUGCAUUCUCCCAAACUGGACAGGCUUGCAGAACUCCACGUUUCCCAGAAGAGUAUCCCCUCGGUGCUGAGGAUCUACGACAUUGCGGGCCUUAUCAAAGGCGCCUCUGACAACAAAGGACUCGGAAAUGCUUUUCUGUCCGAUAUACGAGCGGUGGACGGCAUUUUCCAGGUGGUUCGUGGGUUCCGAGACGACGAGAUCACCCACGUAGAGGGCGACGUUGAUCCUGCGCGAGACCUCACCAUCGUCCAGGACGAGCUGCUUCUGAAAGAUAUGGAAUUUAUAGAGAAUUCGCUCGACCGCAUAGCAAAGCAGCUGAAAAACAAACGAAACCGGCCAGCAGACGAAGUGGCCCGCUGGGAGGCCCAUCAGCAGACGCUGGCCAUUGCGUACGAUCAUCUGAUGGACGGCCGACGCAUUCUGGACAAGCCGGACUGGACAGACGACCAGAUCGAGGCGCUCAAUAGCUACUCGUUGCUGACCGCCAAACCAACAGUUUUUUUGCUCAAUAGCAGCAAAAAAGAUUAUUUGCGCGGCAAGAACGAGUUUCUGCCACAGGUGCAGGAUUGGGUGCGCAACAACGCGCCUGAGUCACCUGUGAUUCUGUUUUCGGCAGAUUACGAAUCAGAGGCCGUGGAAUCGGGCGGUCAAUCUGCUAUUCCCCAAAUUGUGGAGCAGAUGCGCCAGGCGUUGCACCUCAUCAGCUUCUACACGUGCGGCCCCAUAGAGGCGCGCCAAUGGACCGUCCGCAAAGGAACGCUAUGUCCACAAGCGGCAGGAGUGAUCCACUCAGAUUUUGAGCGCACUUUCAUCAAUGCAGAGGUAAUUAAGUACCGCGACGUGGAGCAGCUGCCGGCGCCACUGAACGAGAAGUUGCUGCGCUCGUCGGGCAAAAUCGCUCGCGUGGGAAAGAACUACGUCGUGGAGGAUGGCGACAUCAUGCGCAUCAACGCGGCUGCCGCAAAACGCUAA